CUCUCUCAUCCGACAGAAACCCAAAAGCAGUUUCUCUCUCUCUCCGUUUAGGACAUCAGCGACAUCUCUAAAAGGUUUUUCUUCCUCUUCCUUGUGUUUGGUUACUGAACUUUCUCUCUUCUCUCCGUUCCAUCUGAUAACUUUCAUUUUAGUGAUCAUCUUCUCUCUAAAGCGUUUUCAAACCACAUGGCCAACUUUGAUGGGCCAGGGUUUGCAAUGGUCGACGGCUACUGGAUCCAAACCAAAGCCAUCGACGUGGAACCCUCAACCGACAUCUCUCCUUACCUCUCCCGUCUCCUAGAAGACUGCGUCUGGAACGGUAACAGAGCCAUCGUCUUCGACCUCUACUGGGACGUCAAAUCUAUCAACACAAAGUCAGAGUGGCGUCUCUCCUCCGUGAAGCUAAGCACCAAGAACCUCUGCCUCUUCCUCCGCCUCCCCAACCCCUUCACCGACAACCUCAAGGAUCUCUACCGCUUCUUCGCUUCCAAGUUCGUCACGUUCGUCGGUGUCCAGAUCGAGGAAGACCUUGUUCUGCUUAAGGAGAAUCACGGGAUUGUGAUCAGAAGCUCAUUGGCGAUUGGGAAGUUAGCUGCUAAAGCUAGAGGGACUCCUAUCGUUGAGUUUCUUGGGACGAGAGAGUUGGCUCAUAAGAUACUUUGGUAUGAUAUGAGUAGGCUUGAUUCGAUUCAGUCUAAGUGGGAUGAAGCUGGGGGUAAUGAUCGUCUCGAAGCUGCUGCUAUUGAAGGUUGGCUUAUUUAUAAUGUAUAUGAUCAGUUGCAGCAGUGAUUGUGUUGUUCGUGGAGGACAAUACUUGUUGAGUACUUGAUUGUUUGCGCUUGGUUGGUUCCAGUUUGUGCAUUUUGAUCUCUUUGUUGGUUGUUAUGAGUGAACAAAAUAGUGUCUGAAUAAAAUAAAAAACUAUGUCCGGCUUGUUUUC